AUGGCAUCAGGCAUGCAUGCAGCCGCUGUAGGACAGCUCGGACCUUGCAGGUCCACAAGGUCAGGCGCCGAUGUAGUGGGGCUCGAUGCGACGGAGCCGGUCGAGAUUGUGUUACUUUCUGAGCAUCGGUCACAGCAGGCAGCGCAGAUCCUGCAAGAGCAAGGGCGGAAAUCGAAACCGAUGGCACAGGCUCGCAAGAUGUUGGCUUGCACCGAAAAGCAGAUGCCGGUGUCGGAAGCUUCCACCAGGUCCUCCAUCUCGACCACAUUCCUGGAGGCCCAGUCACGCCUGGGACGCACCGUGUGUCGGAGAGUGCCGCUCUUGUCCUGGUGUCGCGAGAUGUCAUGCAAGAGCGUUCGCGCAGACAUCAUUGCCGGGCUGACAGUCGGAGUCAUGGUCAUCCCGCAGAGUAUGUCUUACGCAAACAUCGCAGGACUCCCGUAUCAAUAUGGAAUGUAUGCGGCGUGUGUUCCUGCUCUGGUGUACGCAAUCUUCGGCCAGUCGAGGCAGCUUGCCGUCGGGCCGGUGGCCAUGGUUUCACUGCUCAUCAACGCGGGUUUGAUGGCGCAGAUACAGAGUGGCCCGUGUCCUGGAUGGGAUCCUCGUUUCGGUGAAGGCAGCAAGGGCCAACUCUCCGCCGAGGACGAGUUCUGCAAGAACGAGUACGUGAAGUUGGCUGUUUUUACCUCUGCCGUGAUGGGGCUGAUGCAGAUUGCGGCCAUGAUCCUCAGGAUGGGCUUCCUGGUCACCUUCUUGGGCCAUCCUGUGACCAGUGGCUUUACCAGCGGCGCAGCCAUCAUUAUCGGCCUGAGCCAGCUAAAGUACAUGCUAGGCAUCCAUUUGGACAAGUCUCAGUACGUCUACGUGACUCUGAUCGAACUUGUGCACAAGGUCGGACACACCAAAUGGAUGACGCUUCUUCUAGGAGUACUCUCCCUGGCGUUCCUCCUCCUCGCCAAGGAGAUCUCCAAACGCAAACCGAGGUUCUCCUUGGUCGGGCCGCUGGCUCCCUUGUUCUGCUGUGCCGCUGGAACUCUUCUGCUGUGGCUUUGCGAACCCUUGCGUGAGCAGUUCGAGGUGAGCUAUGUUGGCCAAGAUGGUCCAAUUCCUUCGGGCAUCUUCCCCCUGAGCCUCGAUGCCUGGGAUCCGUCAAAUUUUUUCAAGGUACUUCCCACUGCCCUUUCGUGUUGCCUCAUCGGCUACAUGGAGUCGAUCGCCAUUGGCAAGAACCUGGCUGCCAAGCACGGCUACGAGCUGGAAGCCGGCCAGGAGCUCUUGGCCCUGGGAUUGUCGAAUUUGGUGGGUGCCAUGUUUUCCGCAUAUCCUGUCACAGGCAGUUUCUCCCGCUCUGCUGUGAACAACGCGACCGGUGCCGUGUCCCAAUUCGCUGGCCUGAUCACGGCCCUCGUCAUGCUGUGCACGCUCCUUUUCCUCACACCAUUAUUCAACUACUUGCCUGAUUUUGUGCUGGCUGCAAUCGUCAUUAGCUCCGUGGCCCCGCUAGUGGCAUACAAGGAGGCCAUGAAACUGUGGCGCGUCAAGAAGCAGGAUUGCUUCCUCUGGGUUGCAGCCUUUCUUGGAACUCUGUUCCUCGGCGUGCUUCAGGGCAUUGCCUUGGCAGUCGGCCUUUCACUGUCCAUUGUCAUCUACGAAUCGGUGAGGCCCCAGAUCGCGAUUCUCUGGCGCCUCCCUGGAACCACCAUCUACCGGAACGUGAAGCAGGACCCGCAUGGAUCCUUCGUGCCGAACGUCUUCAUCGCCCGCAUUGGGAGCAGCAUAUAUUUCGCGAAUGCCUACUUCAUCAAGGACUGGUUGCAGGAGCGUAUCUCCGCCCUGGAACACAUCAACCGAACGGAGUACAUCGUUCUGGAAAUGACUGCCGUUGUCAGCGUGGACUCUACAGCGCUUAACGUGUUGGAGGACGUGGUGAACGACUUCCGCGGUCGAGGCUGUGGCAUUCAGAUUGCUUUUGCCAUGGUGGGCAACCGCUUGGACAGGACCUUCCGGAAAAGUGGAUUGACAAACUCGGUCGGGGAAAAAUGGUUCUUCCCCACGGUGCAUGACGCCGUGGUGGGCUGUCUCCGGCAUCAGAAGGCCAAGAGGAAGUUGCUCGCGACAGUCCGUGGCAUGAAUUCCGUCGUGCCCAGCAGCAACCUGGCGGUCCUUGGUCCUGGCGGAACGAUUACAGACUGCGGCUCGGAGGUAAGCGGCGCAGGGGCGACGGGUGGCGAGACAGACCUCCAGUCGGCCACAGACCUGGAGGUCGGCCUGCCUCUCUCCAAAAGUCAGGAGGACCUCUUGGAUAUCGAGGAGAACCCAGUCCACAUGGGAAAUGAAAUAGGCUUCAGCAAUGAUGUCCACCACUCGUGCACCGUGAUUUUCAUCAACAUGAAAGAGGAUGUGCCGAUGAUCAUGUCAGACAUUACCGCAAUCUUCCAGCGGCGUGGCUUGACCAUCUGCCGGGCAAACAUCGAGGCGAUGGAUGAUGAGCGCGGGACUGGACCAGCGUGUCGACCACGUGGAGCCUCACAUGUCUAUCACAUUCGGAGCCUGACGACCCACGGCAAGCUCCAGGACUCGGAGCUCCUGGGUCUCAAGAAAGACCUUCUGGAGCUGUGGCACUGCUUCGUGGACUCCCGAUGA